UGAACUACCAUCGAAAUGCUCAAGAUCUCGGGGAACACAGAGGACAUUCCUCUCGUGCGCUGGAGGCAGCAGUGGCUGGAGAAUGGCACCUUGCUCUUCCACAUCCAUCACCAAGACGGCGCCCCCAGCCUGCCGGGCGCUGACCCCACCGAAGAGCCCCAGACGGAGUCGGCGGAAGAGGAGCUAAGGAUCCUCCACAUCUCCGUCCAGGGGGGCAUGAUAGCCCUGCUGCUCUCCAUCCUGUGCCUGGUGAUGAUCCUCUACACCCGCCGGCGGUGGUGCAAGCAGCGCCAGGUGCCGCAGCCCCAGAAGAGCGCCAGCGCCGAGGCGGCCAACGAAAUCCACUACAUCCCCUCGGUGCUGAUCGGGGGCCACGGGCGGGAGAGCCUGCGCAACGCCCGCGUGCAGGGCCACAACUCCAGCGGCACGCUGAGCAUCCGCGAGACCCCCAUCCUGGACGGCUACGAGUACGACAUCACCGACCUGCGGCACCACCUGCAGCGCGAGUGCAUGAACGGCGGCGAGGACUUCGCCAGCCAGGUCACCCGGACUCUGGACUCGCUGCAGGGCUGCAACGAGAAAUCCAGCAUGGAUCUCACGCCAGUCUUUGCCUUAAAUUCUUCCUGCUCAGGAAGCGACAAUGCCAAGCUGUCCUUGAUGAACAAGUACAAGGAUAACAUCAUCGCCACCAGCCCCGUAGACUCCAACCACCAGCAGGCCACCCUCCUGUCUCACACCUCCAGUAGCCAGCGGAAGCGGAUCAGUAGCAAAACACGAGCUGGCUCCGCAUUUCUGAACCCCGAAGGAGAUUCUGGGACAGAGGCCGACAACGACCCCCAGCUGGCGUUUUACACGGACCCGUCCCGGAGCAGGCGGCGCAGCAGAGUGGGCUCGCCGAGAAGUCCCGUCAACAAGACCACCCUGACCCUGAUCAGCGUCACCAGCUGCGUGCUCAGCCUGGUCUGCUCGUCCCACAUCAGCUGCCCGCUCAUCGUCAAGAUCACCCUGCAUGUCCCCGAGCACCUCAUUGCCGACGGGAGCCGCUUUAUCCUGCUGGAGGGCAGCCAGCUGGACGCCAGCGACUGGCUAAACCCCGCCCAGGUCGUCCUGUUCUCCCAGCAGAACUCCAGCGGGCCCUGGGCCCUGGACCUCUGCGCCCGACGGCUGCUGGACCCGUGUGAACACCAGUGUGACCCGGAAACCGGUGAGUGUCUUUGCUAUGAGGGAUACAUGAAGGACCCCGUACACAAGCACCUCUGUAUCCGGAACGAGUGGGGCACGAACCAGGGGCCUUGGCCGUACACGAUAUUCCAGCGUGGAUUUGACCUGGUGCUGGGAGAGCAGCCGUCCGAUAAGAUCUUUAGGUUCACCUACACCCUGGGGGAAGGGAUGUGGCUGCCCCUCCCUCAGCUGGCCAUCAACCCCUCGGCCAAGUGCAAGACGGACAUGACGGUGAUGGAGGACGCGGUGGAGGUCAGGGAAGAGCUGAUGACUUCCUCCUCCUUCGAUAGCCUGGAGGUUCUCUUAGACUCCUUUGGACCCGUUCGGGAUUGCUCCAAGGACAACGGGGGCUGCAGCAAGAAUUUCCGCUGCAUCUCGGACCGCAAAUUGGACUCCUCCGGCUGCGUGUGCCCGGCUGGCCUCAGCCCCAUGAAGGAUGGCACCGGCUGCUACGACCGCCACGUGGGCGUGGACUGUUCGGACGGGUUCAACGGCGGCUGCGAGCAGCUGUGUCUCCAGCAGAUGGCGCCUCUGCCGGACGAUCCCUCUCUGUACAACAUCCUCAUGUUCUGCGGGUGCAUUGAGGAUUACAAACUCGGCAUGGACGGGCGGUCGUGCCAGCUGGUCUCCGAGUCGUGCCCAAAGGGAGGGGACUGCGGGGAGAGCCGGGAGCUGCCCAUGAAUCAGACUCUGUUUGGGGAAAUAUUCUAUGGCUACAACAACCAGUCCAGGGAGGUGGCAGCUGGACAGGUGCUGAAAGGGACCUUCCGGCAGAGCAACUUCGCCCGGGGCUUGGAGCAGCAGCUCCCAGACGGCCUGGUGGUGGCCCCCGUCCCGCUGGAGAACCAGUGUCAGGAGCAUCUCUCUGAGCCCACGCCGGACCCAGGCUUCCUGACUGGGAUGGUGAAUUUCAGCGAGGUGUCGGGGUACCCGCUGCUGCAGCACUGGAAGGUGCGUUCCGUCAUGUACCACGUCCGGCUCACCCCGCUGACCGUCUCCCAGUCUUUCAGCAACGCCCUCCACUCUCUGGAUGGAGCCACCUCCCGAGCCGAUUUCGUGGCCCUGCUAGACCAGUUUGGCAACCAUUACAUCCAGGAGGCAGUCUAUGGAUUUGAGGAAUCCUGCUCCAUCUGGUACCCCAAUAAGCAGGUCCAGCGGCAGCUCUGGCUGGAGUAUGAAGACAUAAGCAAAGGCAAUUCCCCCUCCGACGAGUCCGAGGAGCGAGAGAGGGACCCCAAGGUUCUCACCUUCCCCGAGUACGUCGCCAGCCUGUCCGAGUCGGGCACCAAGCGGGUGGCGGCCGGGGUGCGCAUGGAGUGCCAGAGCAGAGGCCGCUGCCCCUCGUCUUGCCCGCUUUGCCAUGUGACCUCCAGCCCCGACACGCCGGCCGAGCCAGUUCUGCUGGAGGUCACCAAAGCGGCGCCCAUCUACGAGCUGGUCACCAACAACCAAACCCAGAGGCUGUUGCAGGAGGCCACCAUGAGCAGCCUGUGGUGCUCCGGGAGCGGGGACGUCAUCGAAGACUGGUGCCGGUGCGACUCGAGUGCCUUCGGCGCCGACGGGCUCCCGACCUGCGCCCCCUUGCCGCACCCCGUGCUGCGGCUCUCCACGGUGCACGAGCCCAGCAGCACCUUGGUGGUGCUGGAAUGGGAGCACUCGGAGCCGCCCAUCGGCGUGCAGAUCGUCGAUUACCUCGUCCGGCAGGAGAAGGUCACCGACCGGUUGGAUCAUUCCAAAGUGGAGACGGAGACGGUGCUGAGUUUGGUGGAUGACAUCAUCUCCGGAGCCAAGUCGCCCUGCGCGAUGCCGGCCCACGUACCCGACAAGCUGUCCACCACCAUCUCCUUGAUCAUUCGCUGCCUGGAGCCCGACACCACCUACACGUUCACGCUCUGGGGAGUCGAUAACACCGGGAGACGCUCCAGGUCAAGCGACGUGACGGUCAAGACCCCCUGCCCGGUGGUGGAUGACGUGAAGGCUCAAGAAAUAGCGGACAAGAUCUACAACCUCUUCAAUGGCUACACCAGCGGGAAGGAGCAGCAGACGGCCUACAACACCCUGCUGGACCUAGGCUCGCCCAGCCUGCACCGGGUCCUCUACCACUACAACCAGCACUACGAGAGCUUCGGGGAGUUCACCUGGCGGUGCGAAGACGAGCUGGGCCCCAGGAAGGCCGGCCUCAUCCUCUCGCAGCUGGGGGACCUCAGCGGCUGGUGCAGCAGCCUCCUUCAGGAGCCCAAGAUCGGCCUCCAGCGCGCGUCGCUGCGCUACCUGGCCUGCCGCUACAGCGAGAUCAAGCCCUACGGCCUCAACUGGGCGGAGCUGAGCCGGGACCUCAAGAAGACCUGCGAGGAGCAAGCGCUGAGCGUCCUCUACAACGACUACGGGGACAGGGACAACUGAGGCACGCCGGCGCCAGCGGGCGGGAAGAGCCCUUGUGGGGGCGUCUCCGUGGAAACGGAGGCGCUGGCUGAACUCUCCAAAGCGAGCCCAGGCCGGGAAGGCCGUGCCCAGGACUACGCUCCCAGCAGGCCGCGCGAGCCCCACUUCUUGGUUUGUUUUGCUCGUUUUAGCCAGAGGUUCCCUGGACUGGGGAGGUGAAUUCAUGCUCUGGAAUGACAGAUCCACUUGUAACGGUCCCGGCCCUUUCUCCCAACCCCUGCCUCCCCCGUGUGCCCCGCGCAGCAUGAGCCUCAGUUUCCAAAGAGAA